UGUUCCUGGUGUUGAUUCAACUUUGAACUCAGAAGUAACUGUGGGCAAUAUUUUCUGCUCUGUUCUUUCUCCUUUCCCACAAGCCUUUUCUCAGUCCAUUUUUCUCCCUGUCUUCCUUCCCAGUAUAUCUAUGCUCUUGGUUCUUGCUCUUCUUCCUUUGUGCCUUAACUUAUUCUGUUGCCUUCUCCAUCCACACCUAACUCCUGUUUAUCCUUCAAGAUCCCAUCUCAGGGCUGGAAUGUGAUCAUAAAGAUCAGUGGAAGAGCAUGUGCUUAGUGUGUACAAGAUCCUGGUUCACUUCCCUCCCAGUAUCUCCUCCCCUUCAGAAACCCCUGGGUCAAACUUCACUAAGGAAUUUUUAUGUUUCUCUAGUGGGGGUAAAAAUCUCUAUGUGCUUCAGAGAAGGUGGGGUGGAUUAAUGAUGAUAAGCAUUUGCUCUGUUUGGGGGUGCUUUUCAUACACCCCUGAGCUCUAUGGUGUAGGUACUAUUUUAUGUAAUGACAAUUAGAUUCUGAGAGGUUAAACAACCUAAGGUUUGAAUCCAUAUACCCUUCCACCCUUGCACAUUUGGACUGUUUAUUACAUCUACUAGUGAAAUUCCUUUAGCAUGUUCUGUACACAGGAAUCUAAUUCCCCUGGAUUCUUACUCUCUCUAGUAGCUAAUAGAAUCCAUCCUUCAUUAAUCAUACAGGAAGUGAAUAAAUGAGCUGGGGAGGGCACAUAGCAGGAAAGUUGACCUUUUUCAAGGCUUGGGGAUGUAUACGUACAUCCUUACCAACCUCAGGAAGUUAUUUGCAGGGAGUCCGGUGUUAAAAUUGGAGGGAGUCUUAAGAUUCCUAAAUUGGCUUUUAAAACAGUUUUAUGCCUCUUUGUUUAACAUGACUCUAGAAACCCAUAAAACAGAACAAACCCUCCAUUGAGUCUCCUCUUGUACAUCUGAGCUAGCACAGGCAGGUUCUGCUCAGCCAGUGGUUCUCCUGAAAGUUGACUGGUUGUCCAAAAAGAUAUCAGACAAAACUUAAUUUAGUCUGAGUUCCUCUUAUUUGGGAGCUUGGGUACAAUACAGAGACAACAUGUGCAGACACCUGGAUUAGUCUAGCAUUCAAGCUUCCAAACUGAGAAGGACGUCCAGACCUGGCUACCUCCGGGAAACUGAGACAGUCAGAGAACGAGGGGAGGGGAGCAGCCGAGUUACAGGGAAGCACAGACUGUCCCACACCGAUGUUUGAUGCAGUCCACGAGAAGGCGGCUGCCCACUCCUCGUAGGUGGCCAGCUGAGCCGCCUUCCAAGGGAGUAUCAAAGGCCCCACCCACCUGCAUUCCUCCCGGACUGUUUGUGUCCAAACAACAGCCUGGCCCACAGGCGGACGGAAGAGGCGGUGCUCCAUACGGAAGUCCCCGGGCCAGCUUCGGUCACGUGAGAGAAGGUUCUGCGCAGAGCUAGCACUCAGGAAGCAUGGCUCUCUGGCGAGCAUACCAGAGGGCCCUGGCUGCGCAUCCGUGGAAAGUCCAGGUUCUGACAGCUGGGUCACUGAUGGGUGUAGGUGAUAUUAUCUCACAGCAACUUGUGGAAAGGCGGGGUCUCCAGCAACACCAGACAGGCCGGACUCUGACCAUGGUAUCCCUGGGCUGUGUCUUUGUGGGCCCUGUAGUCGGAGGCUGGUACAAGGUUUUGGAUCACUUAAUCCCUGGCACCACAAAGGUACAUGCACUGAAGAAGAUGUUGUUAGAUCAGGGGGGCUUUGCCCCAUGUUUCCUAGGCUGUUUUCUCCCACUGGUAGGGAUACUCAAUGGAAUGUCAGCCCAGGACAAUUGGGCCAAACUGAAGCGGGACUACCCUGAUGCCCUCAUCACCAACUACUAUCUCUGGCCUGCUGUGCAGCUAGCCAACUUCUACCUGGUCCCUCUGCAUUACAGGUUGGCUGUUGUCCAGUGUGUUGCUAUUGUCUGGAACUCCUACCUAUCCUGGAAGGCACAUCAGCUCUAAGCCUGCCUCGUUCCGUGGUCCUGGAACUCACUCUUGUACUGAUGCACUGUGGCCCUGGAAUGCUUGGACAGCUUCUUCAAACUAGGCAUAUCAGGCCUGGAGAGGUGGCUCAGCAGUUAGGAGCAUAGACUGUCUGCUCUACCGAGGGCCUGAGUUUGGAUCCAAGCACCCACAUCGGGUGGCUCACAACUCCCUGUGUCUCAAGCUCCAGGAGAUCUGAUGUCCUCUUCUGACCUCUGAAGCACCUGCACAAACAUGUCCAUAGACACGCAUUUGUAAUUAAGCACACAAUGAAAUCUUCUUUAAAAGGAA